AUGAAUCAAUCAAUCGCGGACGCGAUCGAAACGGCCCGGCCCGCGGUGAUGAAGGCCGCCGCGGCCAACGCGCCCAUUUCGGACCUGAUUUCGCCGCUGUUUGACGGCAUCUACACGAUCGACAACGACAUUGACAACAACAAGGUGUUUGAGGUGUUCCACUCGUUGCCGGACCGAAGUCUCACAACCUACUACAAGGUCAUCAAGCGGCCUCUGUCGCUGACACAGAUCAAGCGGUCGAUGCCGCGGUACCGAAACGUGCAGAACUUCAUUCACGACCUCGCCCAGAUUACCUACAAUGCUCGGCUGUUCAACAUGAAGGGUUCCGGAAUCUACAACGAUGCAGUGUUUCUGGACGGCUACCUGAACAAGGCCAUUGCGGUACUUCGAGAGACCAACAAGUUUUCCAACGAUGACCUCACCUAUCCUGUUAUUGGUCCUCUUCCUGAGGGUUCCGAUGUGGAGAUGGAGUUUGGGUCCGAUUCUUCCGAGGAUGACUUGAGUGACGACUCGGACGAUGACGACGUCGAUGGACGACGGAAAUCGAGACGAAAGUCUGUGCGAACACGAAAGAAGAUGGACUCGGACUCGCAGCGAAGCCGUAUGGAUGACAUGCCCCGAAAGCGAGGCCGGCCACCUAUCGUUGAUAAACCGCACGAAUACCGAAUCAAGGCCAUCUUACGGGGCGUUCGAAAGGCCCGUGACGAACAGGGACUGGUGCGGUCAUUCCCUUUCGAAAAGCUGCCUGAAAAGAGAGACUACCCGGAGUACUAUCAGGAGAUUGCCAAGCCCAUCGCUCUGGACAACAUCAAGAAGAACAUCAAGCGACGCAAGUACGACACUGUGGAGGCGUUUCUCAAUGAUAUGAACCUUAUGUUUUCCAACGCGCGGCAGUUCAACGUGGAGGGUUCUCAGAUUUACAACGACGCCAUGAUUCUGCAGCAAGAAAUGAUGUUGCUGGCCGACGAGGAGAUGCGAAAACCUGACUCUACAUACCAGGAUCUGGCCUCGCGAAACAACAACAAAACAUCACGCCUUCCCCUGGACAGUGUCCAGCAUCGAGGUGACAUCUACCGAGUGGGUGACUGGGUUCAUAUUCACAACAUGAAUGAUCCCUCCAAACCCACCAUUGGCCAAAUCUUCCGAAUCUGGCAGGCUCCCGACGGUCAGAAGUGGGUCAAUGCAUGCUGGUACUACCGGCCCGAACAGACCGUUCAUCGAGUAGACAAGGUCUUCUACGAGAACGAGGUGGUCAAAUCGGGCCAGUACAGAGACCAUCUGGUGGACGAGAUUCUGGAAAAGUGUUUUGUCAUGUUCUUCACACGGUACCAGCGAGGUCGGCCCCAGGGCAUUGGUGACAGAAAGGUGUACCUGUGUGAAUCCCGAUACAACGAGGUGGAAAAGACCUUUAACAAGAUCCGAACUUGGAAGGCGUGUAUCCCCGACGAGGUAGACUCUCAGGAUUACGCCAUGGACCUGUUUGAAAAGGUUCAGCCUCUGAGACGACUGCCCUCUCCCAUCAAACACACUCUUGCUCCUGGAGCUCGAGAAGACGAUCCUGUUCCUGAGGCGACCCUGGGCGUGGAGAAUGCUCCUCCUGUUGUUGGAGCUGUUUAUCGACGUCCUUUCGACCCCGCUGACCCCCCGGAGGAACCCACUCCUGCUGACGAGUACAUAGAGCCUCCUCAGUUCCAGCGAACGAACAACACUGGUGACUACGCUUCCCCUCAGCCUCAUGGAAUGGGGGCCAAGCCUGCUUCUGGCCACCUGGCUCCUCGACCUGCUCCAGAACAGCCCGCUGUUCGAACUGUGGUUCCUGGGACCAACUCUGCCCUGCCACCUCAUUACACCCCUGCUCCUCUGCAGCACAUUCAGAUGCAGGGUCCUGUUCCUGUACAUGCGCAGCCUAUUGGGCCUGUUGGCGAGCAGCAGAUCUUUCAGGUGGUGGGUCCCCCCGUCAACUUCACGCUUCCUGAAGCUGUGCAGCAGCAGCUGAGUGCAGGAUAUGAGCUGGAUCCCGAGACGAACGAGCCGUCCAAGGUUGCUCGAUGGCCUACUAAAGAGAAAACCAUGGCUGUGCAGUGGUUCAUUUCGCCGCCUGUGCACUGCCCCGACACUUUUGAGCCCUGCAAAGACACGCACAUGUACGGAAAGCUCAAGCUGUCCAAGUAUGGAGAGCCUCCGAAGAAGAUGCGUAUUGUGCGAGUCGGGCACAGUGCAAAGUACUUGGCUUUCAAAGCCAAGAGGGCCGCAGAGAGUGCCAAGGGGGGUGCGAAGUAG